AUGGCCAGCAUGAUGAGAGUUCUUCUGAUCCUGCUUUGGACAACAAAAUUGGUUCAGCCAGAUGUACCUCAAGAUGCAGGAGUUCAGGUUUUCCCACCUGUUAACUUCACCCUUACAGUCUCUGCAUUAGCACAAGUACUUUUACACUGGAAACCAAACCCUAAUCAAGAACAAAAAAACUACACUAUUAUAUAUGAUGUGAAAAUCCUGAGCCCUGUGCCCGAAGAGUAUGAUACAAAGAAGACUCACAGUAUCCGAACAGCUGCACUUCACAACGGUUUCUCCGCACACAUUCGGACGUUACUUCUCCAUAAUGACCUUCAGAUGAGAAGUGACUGGGUGAAGGAAAAUCUCCCGCCUCCACCAGGUGCUCCAGAGACAUCUGUCACUAAUUUGUCCUGUGUUACUCGCAUCACUAUUUCUAGCACUGUUUCUCUCCAUUGCACUUGGCUUCCUGGCCAAGGGGCACCAGAAGAUACCGAAUACUUUCUAUUUUACAGGUAUGAGACGUACACUGAAGAAUGUCAAGAUUAUACCAAAGACAAGUGGAACAGGAAUACCGAGUGCAGAUUUUCAGUGACUCAUAUUGAUCCUAAAGAAGUUGAUGGUCUCAUUGUAAUACACAUCAAUGGGUCUAGCAAGUAUGCUGCAAUCAAACCUUUUCAGCAGUUAUUUAACCAAAAUGCCAUUGAGAAAGUGAAUGUUCCCAGAAACAUCACUGUAUUCUUAGAGCAACAUGAUCUCGUGGCCACAUGGGAGAAGCCAAUUUCUCCUUUCCCUAAAGAGUGUUUUGAAUAUGAAUUUUAUCUCUUCAACUUGAAGUCAGGUAACAAGCAGAUACUGAAAAUAUUCUCAAAUGACUUCAGAUUACAGAUAGAUGUUACCAGCAGGUAUUCCAUACAAAUAAGAGCUAAUCAUCACAUAUGUUGUACGAGAGGAUUCUGGAGUGACUGGAGUGAAAUCAUUUCUGUUGGGCAAAACAAACUGGAGAAUCCUGUAGCCUGGAUUCUCGCUGUGCUUUGUGUGUCCACGUGCUGCACAAAAAAAAAGCUUGUUGCUAUAAUAUGCAAACUAAACCACGUAUGGAGUAAACUGUUUCCACCGAUUCCGACACCCAGCAACAAAUUCAGAGAUCCCUUCCCCAACGACUACGAGAGAGCACGUACCUGCACCAGCGAGACAGAGACCGAGUUCGGCAGCUUCGCUGAAGAUCUCUACUGCAGCGCCCUCGACGACUCUGUCUUCUGA